GGGUGGACGUCUGAGUUGUUAGCUUCCCGGGAGGGUGCGGAGAUAAGCCGUGGUGGAUUUGGGGUUGGUGUCAUUGAGCCCCCUAUGGUUGUAUUUGAAUCGCAUGCUGGGGAUGUGCAUCAUCCUGAUUUUGGCCCCAAGACUUUUGAAUGCGUGGUUGGUGAGGUUGGUGCUAUGUUAGAGAGUUCCAUUCGUGGGUUGGCCGAUUUCUUCGCGAUGGCUCGUGGUACAGUUAUGGAGGCUGAGGUUUGUCGGCAGGUGUACGGUCCUAUUCAGCCCCGUUUGCGUGAGUUGGAUGCUGACUUUCGGGCCAUUGUUGGGUCUGUGAGCUUGAGUGAUGUUCCGUCUUUUAGCCUUGGUUUGACCCAGGAUUUUGGGUUCGGGGGUGUUUAUGUUAGUGGUCCGGAUGCAGUUACUGAAGUGGUUAACAAUAUUGCUGCGGAGUGUGUCGCUGUUGAGCGUGACGGGGGUAAUGUUAUGGAUGAGGGCGAUGGGGAUGUGUGUGCCGAACAAGCUGAUGUUAGGGUGUCGGAUGAAGAUGUGGUUUUGCCAGAGGGGGGCGAUGUUGGCAUUGGUGGUGUUGGUUCAGGUUUGGGUGUUUCCCCUAUGUCGGACUGUGCACCAUUCAGUACCCCAGUUGAGGGUUGAGACUAUAUUCUGUGUUGGUGAACGGACUUUGUCGUGGGAG